GCGUUCACGUGCGCUCUGGCUGUAAACAGCGAACAGCAAACUUUUCUGCUGAAUUGACAACCUACACAGGAGCAACAAAACUAAAUGCAUCUUUUAUAACAACAACAGCAAAAACUGCCUGGAUCAGCAAGAGCAAAAACCGAAAUUAACAUCGGUAACUUUACUGCUUUACCGCGAGAUGCAAACAGCUGCAGGAGGCAAAGGUCUGAAAGGGUCGUUGCACUGUUUAUUUUGGUAAGUAAAGUAUAAAAGAUAGGACUCCUCAUUGAUCCUCACACAAUCUACACUGAAGUUCUGAAAACAAAGAUUUGACAAAAGGAUUCAUCAUGGCAGUCAUGAGAGCUCUUGUGCUUCUUUUCUUGGUCUUUUCUGUUGAGAAUGCAGCAGCUCAAGGGAAAUGCCCAAAUGAAUGGACACCUUUUGGUGUGCAAUGCUACAAAUUCUUCCCUCAGUCAGUGGACUGGGCCACAGCUGAGAAAAACUGUCAAUCUGUUGGUGCAAAUCUUGCAUCUGUGCGCAAUACAGUCGAAAGCAACUUUCUCCUGAGUCUUGUUCCUGCUGACACAAAAACUUGGAUUGGUGGCCAUGAUGCUGCAGUGGAAGGACAAUGGCUGUGGACUGAUGGAUCUCAAUUUGACUUUAUCAACUGGUGCCCUGGACAACCUGACAAUAAAGGUGGUAACGAGCACUGCCUGGAAGUAAACUACAGAAAUGACCUUUGCUGGAACGAUCAGCCCUGUUCACUCACAUUAAGCUACAUUUGUGCCAAACCAAUGAGAUCAUGAAAAAAUCAAUCUGUUUCAAAAGUACUAUGAUUGUACUACAUGCCUAUAAAUUUUUUUCUGAUCUUAUCUGUAAAAACCAGUAUCUUACUGAACCUUUCUGAAUACCAAUAAAUC